AUGCCUCCCAAACGCACAGCCAACCAACAGCAUCUGGCGCGUCGCACAUCGCGUCGCACAGCCGCACGUCAGUACUCGCCAUCCAACAUCGAGGACAACCAGCAAGACUCGCCGUCGCUGCCACCACCACCGUCGCCAUCGUCGCACAGAGACAGCCAGCAGACCCAAGAGCGUGGACGCGGACUCGGACUCGGACGUGGCCGUGGCCGUGGGCAGGCUCGCUCGACCCAGCAGCCGCCAGCAGCAGCGACGACAACGCCCAUCCCUAGCCCAGCCGCCAGUGCCAGUCAGCAGCGCCCACAUCAACCCUCCUCCGGCGCCCGCGACACCGCCAGCGACGCCGACAUGGCCAGCCUCGCCGCCCAGAACGACCCCCUCCGAGCCUCAGACCUCGUCGCGCCCGAAAUCUCCUACCAUGUGCCCCAGCAUCUCCCCCAGCAAAUGACCAGUCCCUUCUCCUCCGCCCUGGUCAGGCCACACGGGCCUCCACCACCCGCCCAGCAGCCCCGUCUGCCUCCCGCCGUCGUCACCCCGGUCCCUCCACCCAGAAUACCGACCCAGAACCCUCCUCCGCAACCUCCUCCUCCUCCUCCCACGACCCCCUCGGCCGCCACCGCCGACCGCCAGCCCCCGAGGGCAGACCGCAACAUCGAUAAAGUCGUGUUGGGCGACCUCUGCUUCCGAACAUGGUACCCAAGCUACUACGGCAAGGAGCUGCUCGGCGACCCGUCCGCGACGAUCCCCAAACCCGGCGGCGGCGGCAAGGAUGACAAGGCAGCUAAGAAGGACCGCGACCAGCCGCCGCCCAUGCUCAACAGGCUGUACGUCUGCCCGAGCUGCUUCAAGUACUCGAGGGAGAUUGUCGCCUGGUGGGGCCACAGCAAGGUGUGCUCCCUCCGCGGCAGGGUGCCCGGGCGCAAGAUAUACUCCCACCCGCGCGGUCGCCGGACCAGGCUCGUGCCGCAGGGCGGCAAGACGACUCUGGGGGCCAAGAGGAGGCGCGGGGACGGCGGGGUGAGGUACGUCGAGGAGACGGUCCAGGACGAGGGGGAAUGGAGCAUCUGGGAGGUUGACGGCGAAGUAGACAGGUUAUUCUGCCAGAACCUCUCCCUCUUCGCGAAGCUCUUCCUCGACAACAAGUCCGUCUUCUUCGACGUCGGGGCAUUCAACUACUUCCUCCUCGUGUACACGCCUCCGCCACCACCGAACCCUCACCCGAUACCGAGCGACCCCAACGUCGCCCCCGAGCCCAGACCGCAGAUCACCGGCCUGUUCUCGAAGGAGAAGCUGUCGUGGGACAACAACAACCUCGCCUGCAUAUUGGUCUUCCCGCCGUGGCAGCGAAAAGGGCUGGGCGCCCUGCUCAUGGGCGCAUCCUACGAGAUAUCCCGCCGGGAAGGGCUCCUGGGUGGGCCAGAGAAACCGAUCUCCGAUCUGGGCAAGAAGGGCUACAUGCGAUUCUGGGCUAAUGAGAUUGCCCGCUGGCUGCUCAGCUUGAAGGUCGACCAGGGUCCCGACCACGACGGUAACCCUCGAGAGACGAUAGUGGACAUCAAGGAGUGCAGCGAGGCGACGUGGAUCGCUCCUGACGAUUGCCUCUUUGUCCUCCGAGAUAUGGGCAUUGUCGAGGACGCCGGCGUGGGGCCUGGGAAGCCAGAAAAGACGGCUGUGGAUGAGGCCGGUGAGGAGGGCGAGGAGAAGCAGUCAGAUCAGCACAACGGCCAGGGAGCCGCGGCGGAGAAGCCAGAGGUCAAGCUGGUUCCUAGAGUCCGCGUUGACAAGGCGGCUGUCCGGCGGUAUGUAGCAACCCACCGCCUCAGCCUGGAGAAGGUAUGCGAUCCGGAUGGCUUUGUGGAGGGCUAUGCCAUGAAACCGGAGAGCGGCGCUGGGUCUGGGGAGGAGCAGACGGAUGGAGGCUCAGAUGAGUAA